AUUCAUCAGUGUAAACGGUUUUCUCAUUUUCUCGGUUUAGGAUAUAAUGUCAAUACUUGGAGCAUACGUUCAGUGGUACUCGUAAAUAUAGUAAUUUCGAAAUUGCUUCAUUAGAUAUUUUCAUUUUUCCAACCCGCGGUGGGCAUUAAUAAAUGCAAACGUUGAUAUCCAAAUUUCCAUAGAGUUGAAGAGGUAUAUAUAUCACAGAAAAAUGGUUUCGAAAAUUUUAAUGAUCAGUUUUAUAUUGAUGCUGAUAGCUUUGAUUGUAUAUGUGAUUGGCUUUUCAACUUCACAUUUUAUUGAAAUUGGGCAAUCAUCUUUCAAGAAUUACUACGUUGGACUAUGGGUAAUCUGUAGAACUUUUCUCUCGAUAAAAGAUCUGACGACAUGCCUGGAUACAGUUGAGUCCUUAGGAGACAGAGAGUAACAGGUAUCCUCGGGCUGAUUUUCUUUUUGCUGCGACCAUUUGUUUAAAACUGUUUGCUUUCAAGGAGAAGAAAUAUGUCCUUCUACAUGUUCUAGCUGCUAUUGGAAUGACAUUUGCCGCUUACCUUGCUGUUUUGGAUAAAGAUGGCUAUAGAAAUAUCUAAGAUUUUUUUGAUCAGCUUUAUACUGAUCCUAGUAGCAUUGCUCUUUGAACUUAUUGGAUUUUCCACACCAAACUAUGUCACUAUUGAUGGUGGAUCAUUAUUUGAAGUCAAUGGUGGAUUAUGGAAACGUUGUACCACUGUCAAUAGUGUUAAAUCCUGCCAGGACAUAUCAGGAACCGUGGAAGAAAAGGAUUGGUUUAGAGCCUGCAGAGCUAUGAGUAUCUUUGGAUUCAUUUCCCUUCUGGUUGCAGCUGUUUUGACCGGGUUGAAAUUGUUCCUUCUCCGAGAGAUGAAGCCAAUAUUCUUUGCUUCUAUUGGGACAACAUUUUCUGCUGCAUUUUUCAUUCUUGUUGCUAAUUCACUCUACGCAGCCAACAUCGACGAUGUAUCCGUAACAGGAUAUACAUCAAACUAUGGGUAUUCAUUUGGUUUAUCUCUAACCGCAAUGUGUAUUGCUGUUGUUGCUGGAAUCAUCAUGAUCGUGGAUUUGUUUAUUGGAACAAGUCUUAAAAAGGUUCAGAGUAAUUGAUUUCAAUUGAAUUAUUUCAAUAUAUAUGUAUCCAUGUAUAAAAUGUUUAUAUCAA